CAAUGUAGUAUCGGCAAGACCCUAUAUGUGCUAUGCGAUGAAUACAUGGAAAUAUCGAUGGUUGCGCACCCCCAUCCUUUCCUUCUUUCCGGUGUGGCUCGUUGAAUCGGUCAGACAAAAUGGCUGCGCAUAAAUCGUUCCGAAUUAAGCAGAAAUUGGCUAAGAAGCUGAAGCAGAACAGGUCGGUUCCGCAAUGGGUCCGCCUACGUACUGGAAACACAAUCCGGUACAACGCUAAGCGUCGUCACUGGAGGCGCACCAAGUUGAAGCUGUAAGCAGCUGAAGAUUGAAGACGCAUUUAAUCCUGUGGAAAUGCUAAAUAUCUUUUCAAGAAUAUAAAAUAAAGAUUCGUUACCGAAGUUCGGAUUAAA